AUGCCGCCAUCACAACAAAAACCCGUUUCCCGUGUCGCAAAAACCCUCGCUAGUACUGAAUUCAUUGCCAAGCUCUCUUCGCCAUGGGUAUGCGAACUUCGCCAGGAUUCUAUGAAGGCUUUUUGUCAUCUGGCCAACCGUUUAAUCCGGCAGUUGGAUGUGGAUAUUGCCAUCUAUUCGUUUUUACCGGAAUCGCAAUUUACCGAUGCAUUUGUUGACUCAAGGAGGCAGCAAGACACAACUGAGCCUCCGAAAAGAAUCACCGAUUCGGCGACGGUUAUCUGCAUUGACAACUUGUGGCAAUGGGAUCCUGUUAGUGCUGUUGCGCCAUACCUUCGUUCUGCAAGCAUCAUGGAUCAGAUUCUAACGCGUUUACCAUGCUCUGAGCAGGGACACACGCUCGUCGAUUGGUGCAAGCUAAGUGGAAGGAAAAAUUUCCCAAGUUUGAAAACCAAUCUCGCUAUGUGCACAUCAGACGCCGGUCGCCAGUUACUAGAGGAUUUGUUUUUGUGCCAGAAGCAGGUCGAGGAAGUGAAGCUAAUCCAAAUGGCGCUGUUAGACGUCGCCUUCACCUUGAAUGCUCCUAAUGCUGAUAAAUUAGUGAAAAGCGCCGAGCCGCUCCAAGCAAUUCCCGCUGCUGUUUUCAGGUGUACUUUCUUAUCUUCUAGUACACUGUGUGAAACUAAACAAUACGACUACCUUCCGGUUGUGGAGUUAGGUCUGGCGGCCGCGGAAGCCGCCGAUAUCUCAAAGGCCGAAGAUGCUUUAAUAGAGAGUCGGCAGCCACUGUCUUCCACUGGAAAUCGGACCAAUAUCGAUCACCUUCUGCGCAAAUACGAGAACGCCAUAAUGCUGGCUCACUCUGAGGACGCCUCUGUAGCCUCGCUAACCGAUGAUGACGCUCUGCAAAACUGCCGGCCCAUACUCCUCAAUGCCAUCAAGGACGCCUACCAACUGACCAAUCCGGAUGAAGUACUGCUCCUGCUUAUCCGCCUUGUUGGACUACUGCCGUCUCGUGGCUGUAAUCCGAGUGUGAAACCGAACGCCCAGCUGAUUGAAGCCAUCGAUGGCAUCUUCGAAGCUGGCCUGUCCUCGCCCGCCUCCAAGGGCACUUCGACCGAAAGGUUCUUCAACAACUUUUCGCCAGAAUCCAUCGGACGUAGCACGCUGGCUGCGGCUUAUCGACGUCAUCUGCUACCGUCCUAUCGUCUUUACGGUAUUUGUGUUGACAGGGAGAGUGUAAGGAAUGUCGGUUUUCCACAACUCGUGUCUCCGGUGGUGCAGAUGUUCCGAGACCUCGCCGCUGCACACCAGGACCCCGCGUCGGCAAGUCCUGCCCUCCAGUCGCUCAAGCACUGGCCCACGACCCACUCGGAUCCCACGAUCCUCUCAAGCGUCGGCUUUGACACCAGCACACCACUGUCCUGUGAAUGCGUCGACGGAAGGCCGAACCAAGCGGGCGCCGGGACACGGGAGCGCGCUCUCGGGGUUGCGUCGCCCACUGUUGGAGUGGCCGUUCGCCAUCCACAGCCUGUGUCCAAAUUGUGCGCCUUACAAGCAGCGUGUUUCUUGAGUGCAUUCUACCACUGCGUGGUGAUUGGUUCUCCUCUUCAUUUACUUUCCCCAUUCGAGGCUAAUUGGAUACAUCCAAAAGCCACGGUCACACACGGCGCGCCUUGA